UCCCAGCCCCGGGGCUGCGGCCGUCCCGGGCCCCGGCGGUGAGAGCGCGGCCAGGACCGGGCGAGGCGCCGGCGGAGAGCGAUUUUUAAGAGUUCUUUGCAGAAGAAUAUCUGAUCAGAACGAGAGGAUCAUGAUGACAACAAGAUUCAUCUGUCUAAUGCUAAUAGCUGUUGCGGGAGCUACUGCAAGCAAAACGCAGGAAUUUGAAGGCAAUGAGGAGGAAACAGAGCAAGAGUUCAUUUAUAUGAACAGAUACAAGCGUUCCAGUGACACACAGGACAAAUGCACUUACACCUUUAUUGUACCUCAGCAGAGAGUGACAGGUGCCAUUUGUGUUAAUUCUAAGGAGCCUGAAGUUCUACUUGAAAAUAGGGUAAACAAACAAGAACUACAGUUACUUAACAAUGAACUACUCAAACAAAAGAGACAAAUAGAAACUCUCCAGCAACUGGUAGAGGUGGAUGGUGGGAUUGUGAAUGAGGUUAAACUCUUAAGAAAAGAGAGCAGAAAUAUGAAUUCUCGUGUCACACAACUCUAUAUGCAGUUACUACAUGAAAUUAUCCGAAAACGUGACAACGCCUUAGAACUUUCUCAGCUUGAGAAUAAGAUUCUGAACCAAACUGCAGAUAUGUUGCAGCUUGCAAACAAAUACAAAGACUUAGAGCACAAGUACCAACAUUUGAUGUCAAUUGCCAAUAAUCAGUCAAUAAUAAUUGCCCAACUGGAAGAACACUGUCAAAGAAUGCCAUCCGUAAAGCCACUGCCACAAACUCCACAGCCACCAAACAAAGUCUACCAGCCUCCUACUUACAAUCGCAUUAUUAACCAGAUAUCGACUAAUGAGAUUCAGAGUGAUCAGAACUUAAAGGUUCUGCCACCAACCUUACCAACCAUGCCUGCAGUUACUAGUAUUCCGACUUCAACUGAUAAACCAUCUGGGCCCUGGAGGGACUGUCUACAGGCAUUAGAAGAUGGCCAUGAUACAAGCUCCAUCUAUCUUGUAAAACCUGAAAACACAAACCAGCUUAUGCAGGUCUGGUGUGACCAGCGGCAUGACCCCGGCGGCUGGACGGUCAUUCAGAGACGGCUGGACGGGUCUGUCAACUUCUUCAGGAACUGGGAGACGUACAAGCAAGGAUUUGGUAAUAUAGAUGGAGAAUAUUGGCUUGGAUUAGAAAAUAUUUAUUGGUUAACAAAUCAGGGCAACUACAAACUGCUCAUAACAAUGGAAGACUGGUCAGGUCGAAAAGUAUUUGCUGAGUAUGCCAGCUUCAGGCUGGAGCCAGAAAGCGAGUAUUACAAGUUGCGACUGGGGCGCUACAAUGGCAACGCGGGAGACUCCUUCACUUGGCACAACGGCAAACAGUUCACCACGCUGGACCGGGACCAUGAUGUCUACACAGGCAAUUGUGCUCAUUACCAGAAGGGGGGAUGGUGGUACAACGCGUGUGCUCACUCCAAUCUCAAUGGUGUGUGGUAUCGUGGGGGACACUACCGCAGCCGGUACCAGGAUGGCGUCUACUGGGCGGAAUUCCGCGGGGGAUCAUACUCACUGAAGAAAGUUGUUAUGAUGAUAAGACCUAACCCCAACACAUUCCACUGAAAUAAUUCUCUUGGUUUGCUUUCUUGUUCUAAAAAUCACAUAAAGCUAUGAUGUUACUACCUGGAAUUAUCUUUUCAGAAAUGAGGAAUGUAAAAUAUUGUACAUUUAUUGCUAAGAUGUGAGGGCCUGUAUAUUGUACUUUCAAGAAUCAUUCCAGCAAAAAAGCGCUGAAGAAAAAAAGGAACUGAAUUGACAUAACAUUCAAAACACUUCUUGAUACUAAAAGUAGUUAUAUUAAGCCUUUUAGAACUGGCAGUUUAGAUGGACUGUAGAUAAACUUUCUGGUUUUUAUUCCCUGUAAAUUAAGUUUGGAUGGUAAAAAUACUGCCACAACAUUUAAAUAUUUUUGUAUGUUAUGUAUAAAUAUUCUCAAAUAUAGGAAAUAUUACAAACUGUACAGCAAGAGUAUUAUUAUUAUUAUGAGCAAGCAUUUGACACAGGAAAUCAUAUCCUUUGAACUGUGUAGCUGGUAUAUGUACAUUAGUGUGAUUAUUCUGAUUUAAUCUUUGUUACCUGCCAUGAAUAAAGUUAGUACUAUAUAAUUUGAUUUUGAGAGUAGAUACUGAAACCAUUACUGUCAUGAUAAAGCAAGUCUUUCCCCUUCACUUUGAGCAUUUUAAUAAUCUGCUCCUAUAAAUUAAAAUUCAUAUUUGAUUAAAAUAUUUUAGAUUAAAAACACUAAUGAUUUUUCUUACCAAAAUGAAGUAGCUACCUGCAUACGGAAAUUAUUCCAGAUCUGCAACAGAUGUAACACGCUGUACAGCCAGCACGUUAUACGACACAACUGUCACAGUAUUUUGUACCUGACUUCAGUCAUUACCUGCUGUGUCGCCUCUAUAACCAGAAAUGGCUGGAUAUAAAUUAAAGGGACUAUCCAACUUUGCAGGCAAAUGAUGGAUGCCAAUAUAUAAGUAAUUUAAUAUCCUUAGCCCAUAGAUAAAAAAAUAUAUAAAUAAGUUACCUGUAGCCAAGAGAAGUUAUAUUUACCAUAUUUCACAAUUAUAGCACAUUACUGUCAAAUAAUUAAAUAGAUUUACUCAUCUAUAUUUAGAGGUCAGUCACAACUAUGAAAUACGGAUUGGGAUAAUUCUAAUAUUCUUCUGAGGUAGGUUUCUAGAACAGAUUGCUGUAACACCCAUUUCAAAACAGCAACUACUAUGAAAACUGCAAGUUAAAGAAUGCGUGUAAGAGGGAGAGCAAAAGCCUACAGUAAGCCUGUGCAUUUGUGUGCAUGUGCUUGCACACUUUUUCCCUUAUUACCUCAUCACUUUACAACAGUAUGAUGUGCGUUAAACUGACGUGUGAUGUAGCAUGUGUUGUAUAUAAAUGAAAGUAGGGUUUUUAAUAUAUUACAUUACCCCUGUAAUAUUGUAAUCCUUUAAUAAAGCAACACAUGUUA